GUUUUUUAUUCUUUCGUAGGAAUACGAUUCGAAAUCGAAAAUUUAAAGAAACUUUUUUAUUUCAAAAAGUGGAGUCAAAAUUAAAGUAAGGAGUGGGAAAUAUGAAAAUAAGAGCUUCCGUUCGUAAAAUUUGUGAAAAAUGUCGACUAAUCCGUCGUCGAGGACGAAUUAUAGUAAUUUGUUCCAACCCAAGACAUAAACAAAGACAAGGAUAAUAAAACUCGUUAAAGACUACAAAUUACAAAUAGGGAAUCUGUUUUGACAUGAAAUGGAUAUAUCCAUAUAUCUCUGACUCAAAUUUAUGAGAUCAUAAAAUAUGGCAAAAGCUAUACCGAAAAAAGGUUCACGUGGACGUAUUGGUUCACGUAAGAGUACACGUAAAAUACCAAAGGGGGUUAUUCAUAUUCAAGCAAGUUUCAAUAAUACCAUUGUGACUGUUACAGAUGUACGCGGACGGGUGGUUUCUUGGUCCUCUGCCGGUACUUGUGGCUUCGGAGGUACAAGAAGAGGGACGCCGUUUGCUGCUCAAACCGCAGCGGCAAAUGCUAUUCGUGCGGUAGUAGAUCAAGGUAUGCAACGAGCAGAAGUCAUGAUUAAAGGUCCAGGUCUCGGAAGAGACGCAGCAUUACGAGCUAUUCGCAGAAGUGGUAUACUAUUAACUUUCGUACGGGAUGUAACCCCUAUGCCACAUAAUGGCUGUAGACCCCCGAAAAAAAGACGUGUGUAGAAAUAAAAAAGGAAGAUAUUUCAAUAGUAAGAGAAACAAGAGAAAUAAAUGAUUCAAUGAUCUGAUCAAAUAAUAUUAUUAUGGUUCGA